UGAAUUUUGGUCACAAUUUGCUUCCAUAUGGUUCAUCCAAUCACCUGCCAAAUAAUAUAUGCAACUUCCGGGGUUUUUUUCUCCAGAAGUUUCUGUCCCCACCAGUGAGUUUUGACAGUUGGUUGGUUCUGUUUAACCGGUGCGUGAGCAAACUGGCAUUAUUAGGUACAUGCCCAAGACUGUACAAUGGCAUCUGCCAACUCCUCUGACAACACUGUAUUCAAGCACCUGGCUUGGAAUGGAUUUGCCCUCACUGCUGGAGGAGGGUGCCGAGAUCUUUGAGGUGCUGCAUCUCACACCAGAGCUGUGUGUGUUAGUUGGUGAGAAGACCAGGGAACAGAGAAAGUCAAGGGUGUGGUUUGAUCAGAGAGCAGGAAGAGUUACUGCAUCGAUGUUCCAUAAUGCAGCCAGGACAGAGAAAUCUUCAUCUCUGAUUAAGAGAGUAUGCUAUCCUCGCUCCUCUCAGUUUUCGACUGAAACGACCAGAUGGGGUCUAGAAAAAGAGGACACUGCAAGAGAGGCGUACCUGAUGGCGAUGCAAGAUCUCUAUGUAGACCUCAACGUUGCAGCAUCAGGACUCAUCAUCAACCCAGAUCUGCCAUGGAUUGGUGUAUCACCAGAUGGUGUGGUGACCUGUGCUUGUCAUGAGCGUGGCAUGGUAGAGAUCAAGUGUCCUUUCAGUGCAAAGGACCUGGAACAUAGCUCACUGGGGCACUGGAACCUGGCUCACUUGGACACUGGCUACUGGCUCACUGGGGCACUGGACUGGCUCACUGGCUGCUGGACCCUUCCUCCUCUUGGGCUCAGGACGAUGCAGAAAUAUGCUGGGAACAGCAUCAGCCUUCAAUUUCAGUUGGCCUUUUUUCGUUUUUGUGAAUUGGUCUCCCUCAAAAUGAGGGAGAUCACCUGCGAUGAUAUUGGCACAAUGGCGAUCAAAUGAAGUGCAGGAGCUCAAUCAUUGGACAUUUUAUACUGCAUUUCAACCACUAUAAUAAUUGUGUGUGUGCCUAGGCUGAGGUUUGUGAACAGCAGACAUUUAGAUCACUGGAUCACUACAAACAAACGGAGUGGAAGAUAUACUGCAACCAAAUAACCUGCAUAUAUUGGCUGUGUCCGAAACUCAUUUAGACUCAACAUUUGAUGAUGCAACUUUAAUGAUUGAUGGAUAUUUUGAUGGACUAUUUAUCACAGGUAAUUAAUAAACCGACUAGAAUACGUAUAAAAAGGGA